GUAGAGUUGGUACAAGUCGAGAAAAUAUAAUUUGAUUGAUAGCUCGGCCGCACAAAAUGUCCGAGAAUCCCGCUGAGAAUGGUGACAUACGCUGAAAGGGAACUUAAAUUAUUUAUCCAUUCACGCUGGGUGUCUGGCUAUAAGUAAAAAUUAUAUUUGAUAGAGUUUCUGGAUUACCCUGGGAGUUCCAUGAAGACGAAUUCAAUUAAAAAUAAAAAAAACUACACAAAGAUACAAGGACACUGGGUUGACUUAUAGGGACAUUGUUUAAAAUACAAACAAUAAAGCUUCCCCUCAUAAUAGCAAUUCGUGAUGCAGUUAAUUGGUUAGAAUGGUUGCUAUUCUAAAACGGAGAAGAAACAAAAGAAUGAAUUACCUCUGAUCGUUCGGAGCCAAGAAACAAUAGCAUUAACUAAUAAUCGAAGAAUAUGUCUACAGUAACUCAUUUAAGAGGCGUGGUCUCUUUCUGUCAUAAAAAAAGUAUGGACUUUGUUGAAUUUAGUCAUUUUUCGUCCGAGGAGUUGUGAAGAGCGAUUGGAUAGGAGCGACGUACUAUAGGAACUAUUUUUGUGGACCUUUGACAAUUGCUUCGUGCCAAUCUUAUGGGUUUACACCCAAAGUAUCAAUUGAAAAUGCGUCAAUGAAAACUGCAAUUAUGAUCAACAAACAUUAUUGAAAAGACGAAGAACAUAUAAAAGGACCGUUUUAAAAAUCUUAAAGACAUAUAUGAACUUGAAAUUAGAUGGUGACGAGACAGCCAGGGAAACAGAUACAUUAACUUUGAAUCAACAAAUUUGAUAAUUAGAGAUAUGAAUAAUUUUGAACUGUUGCAACAGUUACGUUUGUGGAUGCCAAUAUUAGCAUUUCUUCAAUUCCAUCAUGCUCUAGCAAAUCAUGAAGAAGCACCGGUGUCGAUGAAAUCGAACGCUAAUGUCGGCUUAGAUCAAAUGGUUAAGAGAUCACCAAGACAGAAAAGGAACGCUCAAGGAACUGGCUUUACAGAAGCCCAGAUACAACGAGUUCUCGAUGAACAUAAUACCAAGAGAAGAUCGGAACCGAGAGUUCCUUCUAAUAUGUACCUUCUGACGUGGAACUCGUUUAUCGCUGACAUGGCACAGGAAUGGGCAGAGGCUUGCGGUUGGUUCCACGGGUUUCCUGACCGCGAUGCUGGCACCGUCCCUUUCUCGGGUACACUCGGGCAGAAUCUAUACUUCGCAAGCGGGGAUCUGAACAUUGUAUCUGGUGUUAAGGCAUGGUAUGAUGAGAUCGCAUUCUACGACUUUUCAUCCAGAACAUGCCAGACUGGUAAACCUUGUGGCCAUUAUACCCAAGUGGUGUGGGGAGACUCGAGAGAACUGGGUUGCGGAUCAUAUAGGUGUCCAAUCCUGUAUGACGAAGCACCGUCCACAAAGACUUGGAGUGACGUCACUCUGCUUGUUUGUCACUACGGGCCUGCUGGUAACUACCCAACCGAUCCAUACAAAGUGGGUGAACCAUGCACAGCAUGUAACCUUGGACAAUACUUCUGUAUCGACGGCCUUUGUGCCAUCGAAUCGGAAUGUACCAAAUGCAACUCUGGAUGUGAAUGCAAAUCGAACGCGGUGUGCCAGAACUGUGCUUCUCUAAGUACAGACUGUACGUGUCAGUGUCAAGAUGGAUGGAAGGGUGAUCGUUGUGACGUCGAGUGUGUAAACGCUUUGGGGAACUGCAACCUUUAUCCUAAUAGUUACUGUGAAGAUGGAAGCCCCUAUCAAGCCUGGAUGCGUAUUAACUGUAUGGUUGAUUGCGCCCUUUGCACUCCUGCUGGUUCGGACCCAUUAACAUGCUCCGCAUAUACCCAAGUCCCCGUUGAUGACACGAGUUCGUGUCCAACCACCACGUCAGAAACAACACAGAGUGGAGUUACACCCACGACAACAACUCAAAGUGAGAUUACAUCAACAACAACACAAAGUGGGGCUACCCCUACAACAACAACACAAAGCGGAGUUACAACCACAACUACGGCACAAAGCGGAGUUCCAACUACAACAACGACUCGAAGUGAAGUUACACCCACGACAACAACUCAAAGUGAGAUUACACCUACAACAACACAAAGUGGGGUUACCCCUACAACAACAACACAAAGCGGAGUUACAACCACAACAACGACUCAAAGUGGUGAAACCAAUGCGUGCAGACAUCACGUCUGUCAGAAUGGAGGAUCUGUAAGAACUUUCAACGCAAAAUGCAUAUGUACUUGCACUAGCAAAUGGUACGGAGACACCUGCCAGCAUAAUGUGAGAGAAAGAAAUUACGGAGUUUUUGUAAAAGUUGCUGCACCAAAAGAAAAGUGGCCACAGUUGUGGGAAAGGGUCGGUCCGUUGGUGGCGAAUUUUUUAAAUAGUUACUGCAAUGUCGAUAGCCGUUUCUCUUCCUGCUGUCCAGACUUGGGCACAAAAUCAUCUGAUGGAAUCCUCAUCUAUGCCACUGAUUCUGACAUACGAAUGGGCAAAGGGUUUCCUGUGGAGAGGCUUGAGACGUCAAAAACAGUCACAGUUGCGUUGAUAUACUCUCUCAUUCCAAUAGAUACACCCCUUUGCCUUUCUGGCACUGGGAAUUCUGCAAGAAAAAGACGAUACGCUGAGUUAGUCAGGAACAGACAACGUAGGAAUGACGAUACAUUGGAACUAUUACCCCAGCAAGUUAUAUACGAAGCUCUCAAAGGAUUAGAGGCCAACCUCACCUCUGCAAUGGAUGAAUGCUGUGAAGUGGAAUUCCUCUCCAUCUCCAAACCAUCGCCACUUGACACCAACACUUAUGUGGAAUCGAAUACACUGCCUGAAUGGUCGCUGUACGUCAUCGGUGUUGCAGCGUUGGCAGUCAUGACUGUGCUGGUUGCUCUCGUUCUUAACAUUGUAUCAAAGAAAUGUGGUCCAAAUAAAUCACGUGGUGCAGUUGCAGACGACGAUGACGCAUUACGCGAAGUACAGCGACCUGUAUCAGUUGCCCGGAAAUACUCAAUGGCACCUGGAAGCUCGACAAUAACCACUCCAGAAAUUUUCGAGGCCCCAAAUACCGACUAUGAUCAAAUUCACCCCGUUAGCCUUCCUCCACUUUCCCACCGAAAUAGUUUGAUUAUCGCAAGACAAGAACUUUAUUUCCCUCCGAAACGGCUUUCGAAUGCUGCUCGUGUGAACGGACUCGCAUUUACAGAUGACAGCGCAUUUGGGGCUAUCCAAGAGGACAGUGAAAUUGAUAAGAACGUACAACAAAAGACUCCAGUUCCCUACACAUAGUUUUCAUAAAGACACGUAAAACAUAUUAAUUCUGUGAUACCGGUGUGAAAGAAAUUAUGG